AUGACACGUUCCUUAACACAAUCCGCACUGCCUCAGCAGCUGUACAAUCAAGAAGAGUUAGCCAAUGAAUGGGAAGAAGCAUAUCACAACAAAUCCAACAGUUUGCUCAAGAGAUCGAACGUUAACAACAAUGCUACCAGCAACACAUUCAAUCAUUACAACGUUAUUUUCAGCGAUGACGAUGAGGACGAUCUACCGCCACAACAACAUGGAUUGACGUCUCGAUGGUUCCACACACAACAGCAGAAUCACUCGUCCACAUCGGCCAUUCCAUCGUCCAAUGCGACCAUGUCUGCUGCUGCUGGAUACAUUGAUCCAGUCCUCAGCUCAUCUACAUAUCACAUCCAUCAAGCUGACAAUGCAUUACUGACUUUGAAACAUGUCAUUCUGGAGGAUGGUUGGAAAAAGGCACUCAAGCACAAGAGUGGAGUCAUGGUCCACAUGAAAAAUGGGAUUCACAAGGGGGAUAGAAUACCUAUUUUCAAAGGCGAAGCCAUCAUCCAAGGGUUCUCACCGCAGGCCAUCUUUUACGUAAUCGGUAUGCGUAAGCUAUGGGAUGAACAAUACGAAGAUGGCAAUCUCGUGGAAAACUUGAACGAUACGACUUCAUUGACUUAUGAGGAUACCCAAGAUGAAUGGCAGAACUCGAGUCAAUACCAAGGCAAGUGCACGUUAUCAUUUUACUUGGGCUUGAAACUCAUUGAACCACAACAGCUUCAAGGCUGGGUAUUGGAACCGUUGCAUGGUGGUCCUCAUCCAGCAACCAAAGUUAUAUUUGUAGUACAGGAAAGCAUGAAGGGUUGGGUCCCAGGAUUUGCCAAAAAAACGCUAGCGAGAAGACCGUUAGUCAUUGCAAAAGUAGCAGAGUAUCUGGAGCGAAAGACAGAGCGCAUGCGAUCGCAACAAGCCAAUAAAAGUGGAUUAUUACAGUCGAUCAACAGUGGCCACAGUAGAAGACCAUCUGUCAUGAGCAGCCAUUUGCCCCAACAAAUGCAACCACUUGGCCAUUUCAAUAGCGCCAACAGAUUACAGGCUGCUCCUUCAGAACACUUGCAUCGUCCCACUAUCUUGGUGGCACCACAGCAACAACAGCAGCAGCAACAACCCACGCCUAUCAUCGCGCCUCCACCUCAGCCAUCUUCGAUUGGCACUAGCAGCAGCAAGAAGCACAUUUCGUUUGCUGAGCAUGAUAUCACAUACACUGCAAGUCAUCCGCCACAAAGCGUAGCAUCCCUCGAGAAUUCACCUACCAGUACCACCACUACAAAUCCGUACAGAAACGUAUUGCCUGUGCCAGCAAAAAACAACACCGCUGGAAGACACCUGUAUCCAUCACAUCGACAUCCGAUCCAGAAAGUGGAAAGCAUACAACUGCUCAAGAAGCUUACCUUUUCGCUGGAUAAUUGGAAUCUGACCAAGGAAUUGGACGAUGGAUCCAAAUACUACACGCUGAAUGCACGCCUCUUGUCGGAUGAUGAGGAAGAAAGCAUGCUUCAAAUGACAAAGAGCAGCAAAAGCAAUGCGAGAAAAGUGCCCUUCGUCAGAGCAGAUGGCAUCAUUCAAGGAGGCUGGACUGCAGAACAGUUGUGCUCUGUCAUCCAUUGCUUUGGAUCAAGAAAAAUUUGGGACUCUUCAUUUGAAGGCGGGCAGACCAUUGAGCGAUUUAGUCAAAAGGAAUACCUGGUGCAAUGGUAUCUAGGCAGCAUGCUCCCUAUUGCCAGUGUGGAUCUAUCAGCAAUUACCAGCAUUGAGACAGAUCCUAUUACUGGCACUGUCUACACUGCCACAACCAGUGUCACGGAUCAGCAAGUACCACCAGACGAUGUGGGUCAUCGUAUUCGCGCUUACACUGACCUUUACGGCUGGGUGUUCCGUCCCAAAUUCGACAAGCAUGGACGCACUGUGCAAGUCGCUGUCAGUUUUGUUUGCAACAUGGAUUUCAAAUACGCUUUACCUCAGCAUGUGCUUCAAGCAUGGAUGGACACUUCAUUGCAGUCAAUUACUCACAUGCAUCACUAUUUGACGCAGUAUGGAUGUCCUCCUUAUAUUCGUCGAGUCGCAGGCAAAGUAGUGCAGGAGGGGUUUGAUGCGCUGACAAACAACUACCAGAUCGUAUUCAUAGCAAAGCAUCAACCUUCCAACUCGUAUCGUGCACGCAAACAGAACCAAAGCUCUUCCUUAUGGUGCACUGAUAUUCGAUUCCAUCGCACCAUGUUUCCUCAUGGUCUAGACAUCAAAAUAAUGCCUGAAAAUGUAGCGCGUGUGCAGAUAUCGCCCAAGGAGCAAAAAAGCAUCAAGGUCUUUACAACAGAUGCAACGAUCGACGGUAAACAAGUGACAUUCACCUUGACGCCACUGCACCAUAGUGAAGCUACUCAUUACACAACCUACAAAUACAAUGGAGAACUGUUUACACAGCAGCAACCACAGGCUAUUCUGGAUAACUCUUCGAAAUCAGAUGGCGAGACAACUGCUUCCUCUGAGCCUAAUACACCAAAUGCUGCUACUACAAAGUUUGUAAACAACAAGCAAGUCAUUGUGGACGGUGAGUCAUCACUCUCAUCUACCUCCACUGCUGGCACCAGUGCUCCUAUUCCUGCUGCUGCCGAUGUAUACGUUGCUGAUACAGCUAGUGUCGUUGCUGAAGCCGUCGUCCAGGUGCUUGGAAAAGACACAGAAAAGAAGCAUGAUGUUACUACGCCCUCCAUCACAGUGACCAAGGUUGAAAUCGAAAAAACACUCAAAAAGGAGGAAACAGAAAAGGUCGCAGAGGUGGAGCAGAAAGAUGCCUUGCCUAUUCCUCUCAAAGUGCCCAAGGGCUAUCUCCUUGUGCCUGAGCAUCAGAACAACAAUAUCAUCAUUAUCACAGAUGAACUGUCAUUCAAUGGCCAGCAAAUAUCUGUCAUUUUUCUUGCCAUGGUCAUCUGUUACUAUAUGGGCAAAUUCAUCUCUUGCAGUUCUUGUUAG